AUGGAGGCUCUCUUCAAGGAAGUUGGCCGUGCCUUUACGGAAAACACAGGGUCAAACGGCUAUGAUCUCGCCAAGACUCUUUCGCCCACAUCACCCUCGGAUCAGCUACAUCGGCUGGCAUCAAUCAAGCUGUCAACAAAUGCAUUCAAUGUCAAGCAGGAUGUCAAGCACUUCCUGACCCAAGCCAUCUCCAAAAAGAACGGAUUUGGCAGUCGAGGCGAUGUUAGGCAACAGAUCAAUGGCUGGGUCGAGGUCUAUGCUGCCUACUGGAAGGCUAUCAACGAGAUUUUGGCAGUAGAAGGAAAUGAUGCCGCGGACAACUCAAGUUUGAAGAAGCCAUCCUGGACCAAAGUCUACGACGCCUGGAAGGAGAUGACGAUUGCAUUGCACAGAGGCUACACAAACUAUGGCUUUGAGGCGUGGACGAUACCGUGCCUCUACACGGCCGGCAAGUAUCUGAGACUCUUCGCCAUCAAGGCAGACGCAGAAAGGAGCACAACAGGGGCUGCAGGCGAAGAAGAGGUUCAACUCGGCGACGACUUUGAUCUGGAAACAGAGGAGCAUCAAAAGCUCAGGGACUGCGAGCAGCAACUGAAGCGCAUCUUCACUUUGUGUUUAAGCGACCGCUCAACAGAUAUUUAUGACACACGCAAAUGGGGAGUCUACGCUACCAUUAACCUUCUCUUCAAGACUUACUUCAAAUUAAACUCGGCAAGCCUGGCACGAACGAUUCUGAAGGCUCUGGCGACAAAUAGAGCUGAUAUGGGCGCCGCUCGAGGCGCCGAGAAGCACCUGACAGAAGCGUGGAGUCAAUGCCACAAGGAUGCACUUGGUAACAAGGAGAGAAUCCUCACAUACCUGAUCCCGUGUCGGCUAUUGACAACGCACACUUUGCCCAGCAAAGCGUUGCUCGAACCUUUCCCCCGGCUCCAGGCCCUAUUCCUCCCUCUGGCGCGCUGCAUUAGGCGAGGUGAUCUUCACGGAUUUGAUGUCGCUCUCCAAGAGGGCGAGGAAGAAUUCGUCAAGCGCAGAAUCUACCUUACGCUCGAGCGCGGCCGUGACAUUACGCUCCGAAACCUGUUGAGAAAAGUGUUUUUAACCAAGGGCUUUGAGGAGCCCAAGAACCCCGGUGACGCCCCACUACGCAAGACCCGUGUCCGUGUUGCUGAGUUUGCCGCUGCCAUCAGUCUUGGAAGCCGUGAGACGGUGGAUAUGGACGAGGUCGAAUGCUUGCUGGCGAAUAUGAUCUACAAGGUAGGCAUCCCUCCCUUGCUUGAAACGGCCAGUGUCUUCAGAUGGUUGCCUUGA